AUGGAUUUGGAUCUGCGACAAAGCUUAUGGCCUCGGGCCGAAGAGUCUGGGACUGACAAGUUUCUCACGCUGAUUUCGAAUCCUUUUUACUCCCAGUUCCAAGUCAGCGCUAUCUGGGCCUCACUAGGUACCUCUAUCGGCAUCUCCGUCCUCCUCGCUUUACUCUUCUCCCUCUUCCGACCCCGUCACAACGUCGUCUAUGCGCCCAAAGUGAAACAUGCCGAUCGCAAACAUGCUCCUCCCCCGGUGGGCAAGGGCUUUUUCUCCUGGGUCAAGCCUGUGAUCAAUACCCGUGAACCGCAACUCAUCGAGACCGUCGGAUUGGACGCUGCCAUCUUCUUGCGCUUCACCAAGAUGUGUCGCAACAUCUUCAUCUUCAUCAGCAUCAUCGGAUGUCUGGUUCUUAUUCCGGUUAAUAUCUCGCAAAGUAAAACGACUGGAUCCAGCGCCUCGACGGCAUUGAGCAAAAUGACUCCGCUCUUUGUAACGAAUCCAACCGCUAUCUGGAGUCAAGUCGUGUGCGCUUGGAGCUUCGAUAUUAUCCUGGCGUUCUUCUUGUGGAGGAAUUACAAGGCUGUCAGGGAUCUUCGACGACAGUACUUCCAGAGCUCGGAGUAUCAGCGGAGUCUGCAUGCGCGAACCCUGAUGGUCUCCGAUAUUCCUCCCUCGGACCGCUCUGAUGAAGGCAUUCUGCGCAUCACCGAUGAGGUCAAUCCUACGGCUGCCCUUCCCCGGGCUGCCAUUGGCCGCAAUGUGCGUGACUUGCCCGUUAUCAUUAAAGAGCACGAGGAUAAUGUCCGUGAAUUGGAAUCUGUCCUCGCCAAAUACCUCAAACGUCCCGACCAAUUGCCCGCUAAACGACCCACCAUGCGUCCGCCCAAGAGUCAGCGAAACAAGCAUCCCGGUGGCAAGGUGGAUGCUAUUGAUUACCUGACCGUGCGAAUCCGCGUCUUGGAGGAAGAAAUCAAGCACGGACGGGCCUCUAUUGAUCGCCGUAAUGCGAUGCCGUAUGGAUUUGCCAGUUGGGAGAAUAUCGAGCAUGCGCAUGCCGUGGCAUGGACUGCCCGGAACAAGCAUCCCAAGGGCACCACGAUUGCUCUUGCACCUCGACCCAGUGAUCUUAUCUGGGAGAACUUGCCCUUGUCCAAGAAGGCGCGCAAGUGGAAGCGUUUCCUCAAUGUCAUUUGGGUUACUGCUCUCACUCUCGUGUGGAUCGUUCCUAACGCUCUCAUUGCGGUGUUCUUGUCCAACUUGAACAACUUGGGUUCCGUUUGGCCAAAGUUUCAAACUUCGCUCUCGGCAAAUCCCACGGUCUGGGCUGCUGUUCAGGGUAUUGCAUCUCCUGCAAUUACUUCACUCGUAUACCUGGUGUUGCCGAUUAUUUUCCGACGCCUUUCGAUCCAGAGUGGUAGCAAGACCAAGACUUCACGGGAACGACACGUCUUGGGCCAGUUGUAUGCGUUCUUCGUGUUCAACAACUUGGUUGUUUUCUCGCUAUUCUCUGCUGCGUGGGCCUUUGUCUCCGCUGUGAUUGACAAGACUAACACUGAUGAGGGCGCUUGGCAGGCUAUUGUCGACAGUAACCUGUACCAGAAGUUGAUGAGUGCAUUGUGUACCGUCUCGCCUUUCUGGGUGACUUACAUUCUGCAGCGCAACUUGGGAGCUACCAUUGACCUGGUGCAAAUGAUCAGUUUGGCCUGGGUCUGGUUCGCCAAGACUUUCCUCGCGCCUACACCUCGCCAGUCGAUUGAGUGGACCGCUCCGCCCUCGUUUGACUAUGCCAGCUACUACAACUACUUCCUGUUCUACGCAACUGUUGCAUUGUGCUUCGCCACCCUCCAGCCCAUUGUGCUGCCUGUGACGGCACUCUACUUUGGUGUCGAUGCCAUGCUGAAGAAGUACUUGCUCAUGUACGUGUUCGUGACCAAGAACGAGUCAGCCGGAGCCUUUUGGCGUGCCCUGUUCAACCGACUCGUCUUUGCAAGCAUUCUCGCCAAUGUCAUCGUUGCACUCGUCGCAAAGGUUCAGGGUACCUGGACCAUGGUCUUCUGCAUCAUCCCAUUACCGUUCCUGAUGCUGGGCUUCAAGUUCUACUGCAUGAAGACCUUCGACGCCGACAUCAUGUACUAUAACCGCGCCAACCUCACCGACGCCGAAGCCAUCGGCGGGUCGAAGAUAAGCAAAAAGGCCGCUGAUCGCCUCAACUCCAAAUUCGGUCACCCAGCCCUCUACAAACCCCUCAUGACACCGAUGGUCCACGCCAAGGCCGCUGAAGCUCUUAAGGAGAUCUACCAGGGCCGACUAGACCACGGCGACAUGAACAACGAAUACUCCGACAUCGCCAUGAACCCCAUGCUCCCCUCACAACCAGGCAAGGCCGAGCCCGCUCCAUUCGAAGUCGUCCCCGAAGCCCACCUAGACUUCUCAUACUUCAAGGACCGGGCCGACUUCCGCGACGAAUUCGGCGGUGGUAUUUAUGGCAGACCAGAGGAUUUGAUGACGGAGCGCUCGCAAACACCGCGCAGCAUGCUCGGCGGCGAAUGGUCCCCUUCUUCAUCACGCGCCUCCUCGCCCGCACCAUCUCUCCCUUCGUUACCGGGAUUGAAGUUGCAAGAAGGAUACCAAGAUCCAGACCAGGGUCAGGGCCACAUCCACCCAGCCUUCCGUGUCCCACUCUCCCGAGGCGACAGCGGUAAUGGGGCGUACGCAUCAGACGACAUUGGGGAUCGUCUACUGAGUCACGCACAGACACCCGGACAGGUAGACAUGAAUCCGCUCGACCGCUGGCGGACCGGUGGAUACGGUCCUGUCCAACAGGACGAUGAUCCGUAUCAGACUUCGUACGAGGCGUACCGUGGAACCCGGUAG